UACAUAAACAUUCGGAGCUCGAUCAGUCUGCAGUGCGGCGUCCCCGACGAUGGACUUCAAGAAUAAGGUCGUCGUGAUUACUGGCGCGAGUUCCGGUAUCGGCGCAGCUGCCGCCUUCCUGUUCGCCAAACAAUCUGCCACCCUCGUCCUGGUCGCAAGAAACGAGCAACUACUCAACGACGUAGCGGCGAAAUGUGAAGCCGAAAAUGGAAUCAAACCGUUGGUUGUUCGAGCGGAGUUAAGCAGCGAUGACGAUGUAAAGAGAAUAGUGACGAAGACUAUUGAAACGUUUGAGAAAAUUGACGUGCUUGUGAAUAAUGCUGCAGUCGGAAUGCGCGGCAGCAUUCGUGAUGGCGUUGAGCCUUAUGAUACCGUCAUGGCUGUGAACGUGAGAUCGGUAUACAUAUUAACCAGUCUUGCUACACCUCAUCUUGUGAAAACCAAGGGAUGUAUUGUGAACGUCUCGAGCGUUGCUGCUUUCAAGCCUAUCAAAGAUGCUGAUUACUUGCCUUAUUGCAUUUCUAAAGCUGCGCUUGAUCAGCUGACGAAGUGUGUGGCUUUGGAGCUUGCGCGUGACGGAGUUAGAGUAUGUUCCGUCAAUCCUGGAGGUACCAGGACUCCGUUCGCACAGAACGCCGGAUUCAGCAAAGAAGAAGUGGAACAACUGUAUGCGGCUCGUGAUAAGAGCUAUCCGCUGGGUAAAAUGGCGGAACCAGGGGAGGUGGCUGACCUGAUUGUGUAUCUAGCCAGCGAUCGUGCGCGCAGUAUCACCGGCACAGUUUACGUAAUAGAUAAUGGUGAAACACUUAUGUGAUAGCGCGUUACGUGAUAAUUUUUAAUGUAAUUUUGUUUUAAAU